UAGCGUCCACAUCAACGAAGCUUGUCCACGCAUGUUUUGCACGAGAUGUUUUGAGGAUGUAUCACCUCGAAAAAUUGCACCUACAUUUUUGAAAUUCUCGCCAAGAAUGGACCGGAUCGACAAGUGGUUUUCCGGGAAAGGUAUGCCGCUAGGCCCACUUGUAUACCUUUCGAUUUUGACAGUGAGUUGCCUGCACUUCGUCGCUGUUGGAGGACAGAUUUCAUCAACAUCCCCUUUAAUGCAGUCCGUGGAUGCGUCGAAUUACAGCGUGCAGAGUGCUUUCAGCAUCGAAGACGUUCUAGCCCAGUAUUCAGGCCAGUCGACGCGCCCGAAUGAGAAAACUGGCCGUCCCGACGAUGUUUACUGCGCCUUGAAAGUGAUUAACCUUGACGCUGUAGACGAAACAAAAAUGGAGUUCAGGAUCACCGCUACCCUGGGCCUGGCGUGGGCGGACCCCCGUAUCCAGAGCCUUCUCCCCGCCAACUCCGACACCAUCUACUCCAUCCGCGGCGCCGACAUCGACCGGAUCUGGCUGCCGGACCUGUACUUCCCGCUGAUGAAGGAUGGAGACUUCCACAAGAUCACUUCGACUAAUAGGUUGGCGAGGGUCAACAAGCAGGUAUAUCCUGGGGUGUUCUACAACAUAAGGUUGACUCUGACCCAGUCGUGCCACAUGGAGCUCUCCAACUUUCCCUUCGACUCGCAGAAGUGUGACACCCACAUUUCAACUUUUGCCUAUGACUAUGGCGAGCUGAAGCUUCACUGGAUGUAUUCACAGCUCAUUGAGACUGGGUCUGGUAUCCAACUCAACCUGCCUCAGUUCAGCCAACCCACGGUCAAGGCUACCAACUUCACUGUGAAGGAAAUCUACCAAGUGCAGGAGUCAGUGAAGGUCAACUUCACCUACACCAUUCUGAAUUUCUCCAUCUGCCUCCAUCGGUUGGGAGGCUUCUUCGUCCUGACUGAAAUGUUGACCUCCAUCAUCCUGAGCUUUCUCUCGUGGCUCAACUACUGGCUGGAUCCGGACCAGGCGCCCGCCAGGAUCUCGCUGGGGGUUACCACUGUGCUUGCGGCCAUCACGCAGGCAAGCUACGCAUCGAAAAGGGGACUGCCGGAGCUGUCCUAUAUCACGGCUUUGGAUGUCUGGCUAACCGCGAACAUGAACGUGACCAUCAUCGGCCUAGCCGAGUACGGCUUAGUUCACGUUCUGGCCGUCCGUGCCAGAAGACUAGAGGAGAGGCUGGAACGUUUGACAAAGGACAAGUACAAGCAACGCAUGGCAGGCCAACCUCCACAAGAUGAGGAGACGUCUUUCGUGUUGUGCCGCAGAGGACGUACAGCACCCAAAGAUACCGACGAGGGGCAACUCAGCCAGGCCGCGGUGCGGUACCGACAGUGGGCCAAACGCAUCGACCAAGGCAUGCGGGUCGCCGUGCCGUCGUUUCUCGUGGUGUUCGUGGCCGCGUAUGUCUCAACGUACAUCUAUUGGAAUGGGGACGAAUGUGCGCAAUAGUUUAGGGCAAUUAAUGAGCUUCGCUAAAAAAAAUUAUCAAUCAAUUUUUUCUUAACUUUCGAGAGAGUGAUAACUAUAAACCUAUAGACUAUCGCGGUAGAAUCGCGUCAACGCAACCAAUGCAUUGUCCAACCACAUGAUACAAAUGGAUGCGCGUGCGGAACAAACGCAAAAUCUGAGACAAACACGUACAAAAUUCCAUGGGGUUGUCUAAGGGGCGUGGCUUACUUGCAAACGGCGAUAGGUCAAUUGUAUUAGUGUAAUAAAACAGUGAUAUUAAUUGAUAAAACAUUUAGAAUUCAGCUGAACACUUUAACCUAUGUACUGCGGUACUUCUAUGGCGUAUGAUAUAAAAAGCUAAUGAAUAAAUAAUAAAUGAAUAACUGAAGUAAAUGAA